UAUUUCCAUAAAUAACUUUCCUGGGAGGGAAAUAGAUUGGUGACGCCUUCUCUGCUCACAUGGGUUUGUCUAAAGCUCCAACUCCCUUGGGCGACUCCCACGUCACCAGCACAUAAAAGAAGCGCCCGUGCGCCGCAGACUGCACGAUCCCAGGACAGCGUCUCAGCAGCGGGACUUUAUGCGCAACAACAACAACAACAACAACAACGCACUAACGAACGGCUCGUGCUGACUUGUCAUCUGAACACAAAUGGAUACGGAUGGGAAAUGGUUCUUGUUUACGCAGGACAACCGCGAGCGGAUCCGCGCCGUGGAGAACUCGUUCGGGCCGUCGGGGAAGCCGCUGUACGAACCGGGUCGGUUUCUGCUGGGAGAGGGUCGGCUGGUGAAGAUGACCCGCAAGGGGCCACAGCCCAGAAGGUUCUUCCUGUUCAACGACCUGCUGGUGUACGGCAGCAUCAUCUUUUGUUGGCACAGGAAGCAGGUGAUCAUCCCCCUGGAGGACAGCCAGCUUGAGGACCUAGAGAACGAAUUAUCAAUAAAGAACCAGUGGCUGAUCCGUACGCCACGCAAGUCCUUCUACGUGGCAGCCGCCUCCCAGGAGGAGAAGCGGGCCUGGAUCCAGCAAAUCGAGGACUGCCGGUCCAUUCUGCUGCAGAACAGGGGCUGCCGGACUAGCUCCCACUUUGCCAACACCUGGAUCCCCGACUCUGCCUCCGCGAUCUGCAUGCGCUGCUUCGACAGGUUCUCCGUGACCCAGCGUCGACACCACUGCCGGAAAUGUGGCUUCCUGGUCUGCGCCGCAUGCUCCAAGACCCGAGCGGUAAUCCAACACAUCCACCCGACUAAGUGCUGGAGGAUCUGCAUCGGGUGCCACUCAAACUCCUCGACCAGGACGACGGAGGAGGCCCAGCAGGUGUGUCACGAGUGCCACACAGAGAGGAGAAGCUCAGAUGGAGAGGAUGGAUCAAGUGAGGAGGAGGAGGCUGAGGAGCGGAUGGAGGACGAUGACCCCCCCAAGUGGUUGAUCUCCCAGAUGGAGAACUGGCCCAUCUACGUCAACUUACAACUGCACCACAUGCAGCCCUGAGCACAUAAACCGCCCUGUUAAUGUGGACAGGAUGCUUUGUGCAGUGGAAGGUCAUUCUCACUCAGUCAUUAUCAUAAAUCAUGUAUAAAGUUAAAAUAUAGCCUCAACAAUUACUUCAGCUCUACCAUUUCUGAAGACGUAGGGACACAUGCAACAGAAUGAGCACCCUGAACUCCAUACUGAAUGCCACUGAUGGAAGGGACUGAGUUACUACGGCCUCUGAAGGCGCUGGGCAGACCAUCGCGCUCCCACCGAAUUGAUUCCCCUCUGACGUCGAGCAAGGUAGCUGCAGGUUGAUGACGAACAAACUGUUUAAGCUCUCGCCUCAGGGUGCUGUCUAAAACCUGCUCAACAAACUGAUCCCGCAAUAGACAGUCUGCAUUGAGCAUUCCAGCUGGUGCACACUGCUUCACCCUUUCCAUAAGGCUCAUGAGAGCGAGGGAAAAUUCAAGUAACGUUUCCCCUUCAUGUUGCUUACGAGAAAAGAAUGCUUCCUGAAAAGCCACAUAUUACUCAGAACAGCCAUAGAGUUCCUGUAUAGUGAUUACAGUUUUUUCUGAUUGCUUAAGCAUGUUUUUUGUAACUAUUGGCUAUUUGUUGCUUUACACGUUCUGUGUUUCUCUCGAAAGGAACUCUGUACAUUUGCUUCAUUCUUAUUCUGUGGCGCGCAAGUACAGGACUUAGUGCAGAAAUGCUUACACUGUGUAUAUUUUGAAAGAUGGUGUCAUUGUCAAUUAUGCGCUGCUGUAUUGAGCGCAGUCUUAUUGCAUUAUUGGCAAUCACCAUGUUCACUAUAGGGGUCUCUUGCUCUGGAGUGAACAUUCUUCCUCUGACCCCAACAUCUGGACGUCUAGCAAUUCUGUAAAGUAACAAUUUCAGUAUUUUUGCAUGUAUGGUACUGUUGUGCUUCUCAUUAGAAUAUGGCAGUGCUACAAAGUACUUAGCGAUUCUCAUUUCGAAAUGUCCUAAUGUUUUUCGGGCCUCUGCCUUCUUUCUGUUGGCUGAGCAGAACUCAAUGUUUCGUUGUAACAUUCGUAGUAUUUUAAUGAGUGUUGGUGUAGGCUGCAGCGUUACAUUUUAAAUGACCUCGAAAGGUAUAAAAUAAAAAUGUUUCUGUAAGUGUAA